GAGACAACAGUAAAAUCAAGACAGCAGCCAAACUCCCCACAGCUCUGACUCUCUCUGGGUUGGUGGAGGUGAAGGAGCUGCAAAAGGAAGUGUUGACCCCAGAGGAGGCCCAGUCAGUCCGAGAGCAUUUGGGUUACCAAGGCAAUGACCUUCUCAUUAUUCAGCUAGAAGGCAGGAAGCCCAAUUUUGAAGUGGGAUCCUCCAGUCAGCUCAAACUUUCCUUUGCCAAGAAACCUGGUCCUUCAGGAAAACCCUCUGUGGACCCAGCCGCUGCCAAGCUGUGGACACUGUCUGCCAACGAUAUGAACGAUGAAGAGAUGGAUCUUCUGGACUCUGAUGAGCUGUUGGAUUCAGAGGAUUUGAAAAAGCCAGAUCCAUCUUCCCUCAGAGCUCCAUCCUGCAAAGAAAUGGGCAAAAAGAAAGCCUGCAAGAACUGCACAUGUGGCCUGGCUGAAGAGCUGGAACAGGAGAGGAAGAGCUCACAGCCCAAAUCUGCCUGUGGAAAUUGCUACCUGGGGGAUGCGUUCCGCUGUGCCAGCUGCCCUUACCUGGGGAUGCCUGCCUUCAAGCCUGGGGAGAAGAUUCUCCUGAAUGAGAACCAGCUGCACGAUGCCUAACGAAGACAUCUCUGAAUGUCCUGCAGAGGACUCCCUCUGCUUUUCCAUCAGUCUGAGGUUCUUCCUGCAGUCCUCCUCAUCCUCUCAAACU